AUGGAUAAGAUAGGUUUCCAUUCCAUGGUAAAUAAUGGGAUAAUUGACGUCAUUACGAAGCGCCCAAAACGUAGGAAACUGUCCUCGGUCCUCUCCCACUAAUACUACUAGAGAGAUAAAUUAGGUUAAAUGCGAGUGCGACAGACUUUCCUCAUUGUAUGCACCAGACAUUUUGACUGAUCACCUGCGACUAGAGGACUGGAGGACUGGAGGAGAGGCUGACAGACGCACCAGAGACCCAACGAUGAAAAUGAAACAACCAAUUACCCCGAUUCUCCAGGCGUCUCCUUCCAACGGUUUCAAACACCACGAGGGAGAGGUGGAGCAGAGGGAGGCGGGGCCCUACGGUCCGCGGGCGGGGACCAGGUGCUCACCUGAGACCAGGUGCUCACCUGAGAGGACGGAGUGGAGCACGUCUGAGUGGAGCACGUCUACCGUCGCCACCCCCCCGCUCCAACAGGUGUCCAAUAAGAUCAGUGUUGCCACCAAAGAGCGCGGCCCCCUCACCUGGCAGAGCCUGAGGAGGGGCUGGGGCUUCAGUAAGAUCUCGCCCAGACCCCCCGGCGCCGAGGUCCGGACCCCCCCACCGCCAUCGUCGGAGGGGUGGGGGCUGCACCCUCCUCUCUACAGGACCGGCAGCGCCCAGCCGGCCGGGUCCACCGCGAGGAGGGACGGCGUCUCACGACCGUCGCCGCGGGAGACCGCCUCCGUUGCCACGACGACCACCACCACGACCCUGGUCCCGCACGACAAGGUCAGCUUCUCCUCCAUCACCAUCUGCUCCAAGAAGGUCACCAGGACGACCAGUCUGCCCCCUGACAACGACAACAACGUCCACAGGGCCGCCCCCCCCUCCCACCCGGGACAGCGGCCCCCCGGGGCCCCCGACUCCGUCACCCUGCGGAGGAAGGCCACCGUCGUCAAGGUGACGGAGCAGAGGAUGACCUCCGCCUCGUCCCCGUCCGCCGCCACCGCGCCGACUCGGAGGCCGUCCCCCGACCGCGUCGCCCCUGGCGACGGUCGCCAGGGCGACGCGGCGGUCCACCGGAGGAAAGCCACGGUCAUCAAGGUGACGGAGCGCCGGGAGAGCUACAGCGCGGCCGUCACCCCCGGCAACCGGCCGCCCCACUACCGACACAGCUACACGGAGGGGGUCUACACGGAGGACAGCGUGUGGCGCCAGGGGCCCCAGGGACACCAGGGGCCUCAGGGGCCCCAAGAGCGCUACGUAGGACCCCCACAGAGGGGGCCCUUCCAGCGAGGGCCCCCAGAAGACCGGUGGGGCCCGGUGGCACCGCAGGGGGGCGACCUGGGGAGGGGCGGGGGGGACCGCGCCCUGCACCGGUCCACGCUCAGCCUGGUGCUGAGUGGUGGGGGGGAGCCCCGCCCCGCGCUGCCCCCCCCCGCCCGGGGCCCGGGCGCCGGGGGGGUGACGGGCGGGUCGCGGCCCCGGCCGGUGAGUUGCUACGGCAACGUGUUUGGACACACUGAGGCUGCACAUGUUGCCGUGGCGACCAAGCCUUGCCUGACCAGGAUGCUGAGCUGGGGGAACGUCCUACCCCAGCAGGCCAGGAGCAUCCCCCCCCAGCCCAGCGGGGGUGGGGGUCUUCCCAGCUCGACGGGGGUCCCGGAGCCAAAUGGAGACGGGAAAGAGGGUACGGUUCACGUCGUGUCGCGCAGGGCAUCGCUGACACUCCUCAAACCCCCAGGCGCCGGCUCGACGCGGUCCGCCCAGGACAUCCUGGCCCUCAACGCGGCGGCAAUCAUCGCCAAUAUUAAACUCCAGAGACAGCUGAAGAACCCUGAAGAUGGCCGCCCGGCGAAGGAUGCAGCCGCCUCCUCUUCCCUCCAAGGAAAUGAAGACGGAGUCGUUGGGAAAGUGGAGAAAUCAAACCCCGGUCAGAAGCUGGUUGGACGCCCGUCCCCUGAUCCCCAGCAGCCCGACCAGAGCCCCUCACUGAAGGAGGCCCUGGAGCGCUCGCGGCCCGGGUUCAUCGCCCGCUCCCAGGACCGGGUCGAGACCCUGCGGCGCCGGACGCAGGAGAGGCGGAGGAGGCCGGCGGCCCGCCCCCCAGCGGGGGCCCCGCGGGGGGGGGGCCCAUCGGGGCCGACCAGGAGCCGGCCGCCCCCCCUGGACGCCUCACUGAGCGAUAACCUCUCCAGACGGAGAGACGGAGCCGUAACAGUGAGGGAGGAGGAGCCUAGGAGCCUGCACCCCCCCUCCGGGCCGUCUGCGGGGGAGAGGAGCAGGAAGGAGGUCGCCAAGAGGGAGGCGUGCCUGGCCAACCGACGGCGAGUGGAGCUCUUCAAGAAGAGGCUGUUGGAUCAAAUCCUCCACAGAAACCACCUCUGACCAGAGCGGAUGGAGGAUGGAUCGUCUCCUACCCACAAUCCCCCCCCCCCCUCUACCACCUCUAGAGAAAGAGACGGA